UCACACCAAUCGAAGUAUGCCGAUGUGUCAAAGUUCGGCAGUUUUCGUGGGAUUUCAGCCCAAUCUUCGUGCAUUGUUGUCACUUUUUGCCCAGUGUGUGUGUGAAAAGAUGGCGGAGACGUCGCGCUUCUCCUGCACAAAAUGUUUCAAUGAUAUUUUUACACAUUUGCUGAGGAUACAUUUUAGUACGGAAGAAUUGGAACAGAGAUAUAAGUCCCGGGAAAUUGAUAAAUUGCUGGAGAAGGACAAACAUGCCUUCCGGAGGCAGGUUAAAUUACUUCUUCUCGGUGCUGGUGAAUCAGGCAAAUCCACAUUCCUCAAGCAAAUGCGAAUUAUCCACAACAUCAAAUUCGAGGCGGAGUUGAUUAGGGAAUAUCAACUGGUGAUCUAUCAAAAUAUCAUCAAAGGAAUGCAAGUGCUGGUGGAUGCCAGAGAGAAACUGGACAUUCAGUGGGAACAUCCGACAUCAGAAUUAGCGGCGAAUCAAGUGAAACUGUUCCAUGGAACGGGCUUGGAUCAGGAGCAAUUUGCACAAUAUGCCUCAACCAUUCAUGUCCUGUGGCAGGAUAGAGCCAUAAAGAAGGCCUAUGACAGGCGGAGAGAAUUUCAAAUUAGUGACUCUGUGAGCUACUUUCUCGAUGAAUUGGAACGAAUAGCGAGAUUCGACUAUGUUCCGUCAACGAAAGACAUUCUUCACUGUCGGAAGGCGACGAAGGGUGUCUAUGAGUUCACAAUUCGAAUACAGAACAUUCCAUUUUUGUUUGUGGACGUGGGUGGUCAGCGAACACAGCGUCAGAAGUGGACAAAAUGCUUCGACAGCAGUGUCACAUCGAUAAUCUUCCUGGUGUCUACGUCAGAAUUUGACCAGGUUCUGGCUGAGGAUCGCAAAACGAAUCGUUUGGAGGAGUCAAAGAAUAUCUUUGAUACAAUUGUGAACAAUGUGGCAUUUCAGAAGAUAAGCAUCAUUCUGUUUCUCAAUAAGACAGAUCUGCUGGCACUGAAAGUGCGCAAUCCUGAGACUGAUAUCCGCUGGUACUAUCCUCAAUUUACGGGGAAUCCCCAUUCAAUUCUCGAUGUACAAAAUUUCAUUCUGCAAAUGUUCAUGAAUGUGCGUCGCAAUCAGCGAUCAGCUGCCAUUUAUCAUCACUUCACCAAUGCCGUUGACACCCAAAAUAUCCAGGUAGUCUUCAAUUCUGUCAAAGAUACCAUCCUUCAGAGGAAUCUCGCUGCCCUUAUGCUUCAGUGAUCCACUUCCCCGGAUCCUGGGUUCAUCCACAGAAAAAUAAAUAAAUAAAUAAAUAAAAAGGAGGACGGAGGGACAAGGUAAGUGCUCUCUGAUUCUUUUUUUAUUUAUUUCGCCACGAAAAAAAAAGAGGACACAAUUUUUGCCAUAUAAAAAAAUGAGGAUAGGGAUGAUAGAAAAAUUUAAAAAAAGAACGUGGAUUAUUAAAAAAAAGGAAGGGGCUUGAGAUGAAUUAAAGAUUAAUAAAAAAAAGAAAAGAAAACAAAA